AUGCCUCCCACUCCAUGCCUCCUAUUCCAUGCCUCCCACCCCAUGCCGCCAACCCCAUGUCUCCUACCCCCAUGCCUCCUACCUCAUGCCUCCCACCCCAUGCCUCCUAUUCCAUGCCUCCCACCCCAUGCCGCCAACCCCAUGUCUCCUACCCCCAUGCCUCCUACCUCAUGCCUCCCACCCCAUGCCUCCUAUUCCAUGCCUCCCACCCCAUGCCGCCAACCCCAUGUCUCCUACCCCCAUGCCUCCUACCUCAUGCCUCCCACCCCAUGGCUCCUACCCCAUGCCUCCCACCUCAUGCCUCCUACCCCAUGCCGCCAACCCCAUGUCUCCUACCCCCAUGCCUCCUACCCCAUGCUUCCCACCCCAUGCCUCCCACCCCAUGCCUCCUACCCCAUGCCGCCAACCCCAUGUCUCCUACCCCCAUGCCUCCUACCUCAUGCCUCCCACCCCAUGCCUCCUAUUCCAUGCCUCACACCCCAUGCCGCCAACCCCAUGUCUCCUACCCCCAUGCCUCCUACCUCAUGCCUCCCACCCCAUGGCUCCUACCCCAUGCCUCCCACCUCAUGCCUCCUACCCCAUGCCGCCAACCCCAUGUCUCCUACCCCCAUGCCUCCUACCCCAUGCCUCCCACCCCAUGCCUCCUACCCCAUGCCGCCAACCCCAUGUCUCCUACCCCCAUGCCUCCUACCUCAUGCCUCCCACCCCAUGGCUCCUACCCCAUGCCUCCCACCUCAUGCCUCCUACCCCAUGCCGCCAACCCCAUGUCUCCUACCCCCAUGCCUCCUACCCCAUGCUUCCCACCCCAUGCCUCCCACCCCAUGCCUCCUACCCCAUGCCGCCAACCCCAUGUCUCCUACCCCCAUGCCUCCUACCCCAUGCUUCCCACCCCAUGCCUCCCACCCCAUGCCUCCUACCCCAUGCCGCCAACCCCAUGUCUCCUACCCCCAUGCCUCCUACCCCAUGCUUCCCACCCCAUGCCUCCCACCCCAUGCCGCCAACCCCAUGUCUCCUACCCCCAUGCCUCCUACCCCAUGCUUCCCACCCCAUGCCUCCCACCCCAUGCCUCCUACCCCAUGCCUCCCACCUCAUGCCUCCUACCCCAUGCCGCCAACCCCAUGUCUCCUACCCCCAUGCCUCCCACACCAUGCCUCCUACCCCAUGCCUCCCACCCCAUGCCUCCCACCCCAUGCCUCCUACCCCAUGCCGCCAACCCCAUGUCUCCUACCCCCAUGCCUCCUACCCCAUGCUUCCCACCCCAUGCCUCCCACCCCAUGCCUCCUACCCCAUGCCGCCAACCCCAUGUCUCCUACCCCCAUGCCUCCUACCCCAUGCUUCCCACCCCAUGCCUCCCACCCCAUGCCUCCUACCCCAUGCCUCCCACCUCAUGCCUCCUACCCCAUGCCGCCAACCCCAUGUCUCCUACCCCCAUGCCUCCCACCUCAUGCCUCCUACCCCAUGCCUCCCACCUCAUGCCUCCCACCUCAUGCCUCCUACCUCAUGCCGCCAACCCCAUGUCUCCUACCCCCAUGCCUCCUACCCCAUGCUUCCCACCCCAUGCUUCCCACCCCAUGCCUCCCACCCCAUGCCUCCUCCUCAUGCCGCCAACCCCAUGUCUCCUACCCCCAUGCCUCCCACCCCAUGCCUCCCACCCCAUGCCUCCUACCCCAUGCCGCCAACCCCAUGGUGACAGAUAUGUCCACCGCCCAAGGCAAGGGGCGAGGAGACCGGCAGAAGGUCGAUAAACAACCCACCGACCUUGCUACCUCUAACAGUCAUAUACAAGGUCCGGUCAUGAAUACACACCCAUACGAGCAGAGUGUGAGCAGAGAUAACUUAAUAGAUAAGACAGCAGCCGUGCUCUAA